AUGGUUGCGCAAUCGCUGGUCUCGCUGUUGCAGCGGUCGUCGAUUGACGACCACGAAGAGGUCAUCCAAUCGUGCAAUGCUGUCCUCGCCAAGUCCAAGUCCGAUCUGAAGGCCCAGCACAUCAAGGUCAUCGCGUUAAUAAAACUCGAUCGUUACGAAGAGGCACUCAAGACGUUUGAGGCCGGAGGCGAUGCUUUGAAGAAGAGCGCGGGCCUGGAAUAUGCUUAUGCGGCGUACAAAUGCGGCAAAUUGGAAGGAGCCGCUGCAGCAGUCACCAGCGCAGCAGCUGGGCGUGGCGCUUCCCACCUAGAGGCACAAGUGCGCUAUCGUGCCGAGGACUUCAAGCGGGCAGCCGAGAUUUACGAACAGCUGUCCCAAGACACAAAGUCUCACAGCCAUGAGGUUAACGAUCUCAAUAUCAAUGCGUGGGCCACCGAUGCACAGCUACAAUGGAAAGGACAGCCCGAGUACGUGCGCCAUGACCGGUUGUCGAGAGAGGACCUGGAGUCAUUUGAGACGACAUAUAAUGCGGCUUGCUUGAACAUUGCAAAGGGAUCGUUCAAACAAGGCGAGAUCUUGCUCAGUCGCGCUCAAAAUAUCUGUCGCACAUCAGAGGACCUCUCACCCGAAGAUAAGGAUGCAGAACUUUUACCAAUUAUGGUGCAGCAACUCUACGUGCUGAUUCGACUCGGAAAACUGGAAGAGGCCGAAGCGCUCCUUCAAGAUAUCUCUGUUGACAAAAUUUCCGAACUAUCAACCAAGAAGAUUGCGCGCAACAACAUUGUCCUCGCCCGCCAGACCACAGUCAACCCUUUCAUCCUAUACAAAGCCCUCCACGACACCCCAGAUGCCACCGACAACGACCGAUUGUUCGAAUUCCAGGACCGCGAUCUUGUCGGAAACUCUCAUGCCGCGGAUCUGCUUGUUCAGAAAUAUGACGGAAUCAUUCGUUCUACAAACAAAGCGCUGUCCAAGCGCCCAACACCCUCCACUGAUGCCGCAACCAACCUCCUCUCCGUCUACAAUGCCGCAGCCCAGGCUCAAGGCCAAACCGGACAAAAGGCCCUCGCCAAGAUUACGCCCUUACUGGAGCGCCGUCCUACAGACCUUGGCCUUCUCCUAACCGUGGUACAGCUCUACGUCAACAGCGGCAACACCACCUCAGCCAUCACAGCCAUCGAGCGAACGCUCCGCAGCCUCGAGGAGUCAAUUUCCGAAACGGAUCAAUCCACCCGCUUCAACCCUGGCCUCCUCAGCGUUCUGGUCUCUCUCUACCAACUCGAGGGGCGCAAGCUGCAGAUCCGCACAACCCUCGCGCAAGCCGCAGCCUACUGGCGCACAAAGCCCGAGUCACCUGCGACUCUCCUGCGCGCCGCAGCCGCCUCCCUCCUGCAUUCUGAAGACCGUGCCGACCUCGCCACAGCCGGCGAGAUCUUCCGCGCUCUCCACCAGAAAGACGCCAACGACCGCGUCGCUAUUGCUGGCUAUGUUGCAUCCCAAGCAACCCUCAACUAUGAGCAGGUUGAAUCGCAGUUGGAUCGCCUCCCCUCAGUUGACGACUUGAUUGGUGAUAUCGACGUUUCAGCUCUUGAGUCUGCGGGUGUCUCUCCUUCCGCGUCUUCGGCGGCUGCGGCAGCCGCCGCCUUCGCGGGAGCCCGUAAGCGCACUGCCGGCUCCGACGACCGGGCCCACAAGCGUGUGCGCAAAUCCCGCCUGCCAAAGGACUUCGACCCUGCUAAGAAGCCUGACCCCGAGCGCUGGUUGCCAAUCCGCGAUCGCUCCUCUUACCGGCCCAAGGGCAAAAAGGGUAAGCAGCGUGCUGCGGCGCUCACACAAGGUGGGCCUGUUAGCGAGAAGGCCGAGGAGGCUCCUGCCCAGCAGAAGAAUGCCGGGUCCAACGCCAAGAAGACCAAGAAGAAGGGAAAGCGGUAG